AUGAAUUACUAUCCUUCUCUGCUCAUCACAACUCAAUCCCGAAAAGCAAAAUUUCCUACCAGAGAGGACAUCACAUACUUUGGACUGGGCUCAGCCUGGCUGAGCACCUCGCAUCGCUCCGAGAUUGCCAACACCAUCAUCAACGAGGCCAGGGCUGAUUUGGCCACGUUUCUCGACAUCCCCGAUGACUAUCAGAUUCUCUUCAUGAUGGGGGGCGUCAAUAAUCAUCUCAAGUUGGACGUCAAGAACUAUUCCCUCAUCUUCUUCGGCGCCCAAAAGAACCUGGAAUCUGCCAGCAUCCCCGUCGUCGUCAUCAAGAAGAACCUCGUUGCUCCCAUCAACGGAGAGCCCUCGGCGCCCAUGAUGAGACACCUGGGACUCACUAUUCCUCCCAUCAUCUUGCACUACGACACUGUUGCUCAGAACAACAGCCUGUACAACACGCUCAGCAUUUUUGCGCAAACCAUCUCUCUUGUCUACAUCGCCGGUCAAGUCCUGAAGAGGGCUCUGGACUCCCACCCCGACGUAUACCGCGUCGUGCUUGACAAGUCGGUGCGUUCCAGAAUGAACAUUUGCUUCAGAGUGACCAAGCACGGCGACAUUGAUGCUGCUGAAAAGGACUUCUUGAAGCAAUCUACUGCCCUGGGCCUCACCGGCCUCAGGGGACAUCGUAGCGUGGGCGGAAUCCGCGCCUCAAACUAA